AUGGACGCAGCUACUCAGCUGGUCUACUGCGGAGUUGAUCCUCUUCACCGUAAAUUAUCGUUUUCGACCAACUUGCAGAAGUCAACCAAUCGCCGGCCAUUUUCAAGAAUCCUUAAAUUCCGAAACCAAAACGCCGUCGUAAAGGCCAUUGCCUCGGAACCGAGACCGUCCGAUACUAAGCCUGCCAGAUCAUCUCCACCGCCGCCCAAAGUUGUUAAUGGGAAAACGCCAUUGUCUAAGCCGGGCAACGGUGCUUCCAAUAGAAUGCAAGAUGUAUCACAAGAGAUCAAAAGGGUGAGGGCACAGAUGGAAGAAAAUGAGCAGUUGUCUAUACUUAUGAAGGGACUUCGGGGUCAAAAUUUGAAAGAUGCACAGUUUGCUGAUGACAAUAUCAAGCUUCGGUUAGUUGAGGUUGACGAAAGCAGCGAGUUUUUGCCUUUGGUGUAUGAUCCUGAUAUCAUUACUGCUUACUGGGGAAAACGACCACGUGCUGUUGCAACCCGUAUUGUCCAAUUAUUGUCUGUUGCGGGAGGUUUUCUCUCUCGUCUUGCCUGGGAUCUCAUAAAUAAUAAGAUAAAGGAAAAUGAGGUUGCUCGAGCCAUCGAAUUGAGGGAGAUAGUUACCUCCUUGGGUCCAGCAUACAUAAAACUUGGUCAAGCAUUGAGCAUUCGACCUGAUAUACUGUCACCUGCUGCAAUGACUGAGCUGCAAAAGCUUUGCGAUAAGGUUCCAUCAUUUCCAGAUGAUGUGGCUAUGGCUCUUAUUGAGGAGGAGCUUGGACAACCAUGGUCUAACAUUUACUCUGAACUUUCUUCCUCUCCCAUAGCUGCUGCAUCCCUCGGCCAGGUCUAUAAGGGCAGGCUAAAAGAAAAUGGGGAUCUGGUAGCUGUCAAAGUACAGAGGCCUUUUGUCCUUGAGACUGUAACAGUAGAUUUAUAUGUCAUAAGGCACUUGGGACUUUUUCUUCGCAAAUUUCCGCAGAUAUCCAUUGAUGUUGUUGGAUUGGUUGAUGAAUGGGCUGCUCGCUUCUUUGAGGAACUUGAUUACGUUAAUGAGGGAGAAAAUGGAACACUUUUUGCUGAAAUGAUGAAGAAGGACCUUCCUCAGGUUGUUGUGCCAAAGACAUAUCCCAAAUACACUUCAAGGAAGGUUCUUACAACAGGAUGGAUAGAAGGAGAGAAGCUGUCACAAAGUACUGAAAGUGAUGUUGGUGAACUAGUAAAUGUUGGAGUGAUAUGCUACCUUAAGCAGUUACUUGAGACAGGCUUCUUCCAUGCUGAUCCACAUCCUGGAAAUUUAAUUCGCACUCCAGAUGGGAAGCUAGCUAUACUGGAUUUUGGUCUUGUUACAAAAUUGACAGAUGACCAAAAGUAUGGCAUGAUCGAAGCUAUUGCUCACCUUAUUCAUCGCGAUUAUCCUGCUAUAGUUAAAGAUUUUGUCAAACUCGAUUUCAUUCCAGAAGGAGUUAAUUUGGAACCCAUUUUGCCAGUGCUGGCCAAGGUUUUUGACCAGGCUCUUGAAGGCGGGGGAGCAAAAAAUAUCAACUUUCAGGAGCUGGCAUCAGAUUUAGCACAAAUAACAUUUGAUUAUCCAUUCAGAAUACCGCCUUAUUUUGCUCUUAUAAUCAGAGCAAUUGGAGUGCUGGAGGGCAUAGCUUUAGUGGGGAAUCCUGAUUUUGCCAUUGUAGAUGAAGCCUAUCCGUAUGUUGCCCAGAGGCUAUUGACUGAUGAAUCCCCACGUCUAAGGACUGCAUUGCGAUAUACAAUAUAUGGGAAAUCUGGAGUAUUUGAUGCUGAAAGAUUUAUAGAUGUCAUGCAAGCUUUUGAAAAUUUCAUAGAUGCGGCGAAGAGUGGAGGUGGAGAAAGUAUGAAUGGGAGCAUGGCAGAGCUUGGCAUUCUACAAAGUCAAAACAACAAUUUGCUGAAGGUAUUUUCAGUGAACGGUUCUCCAACAUUAGCUAUUCCAACACAGCCAAUCCAAACGAGAGCAGCCUUGGCAUUUUUACUAUCUGAAAAGGGGAAUUUUUUUCGAGAGUUUCUCUUAGAUGAGAUUGUAAAGGGCAUCGAUGCUGUUACGAGGGAACAAUUGGUACAGAUAAUGGCAUUUUUUGGAAUUGGAAAUGUAUCCCCACUCUUCAGUAUGGUUCCUACUCUGGGCCCUAUUAGACCAGCUGCACUUCUUCCAACGAUUACUGAGGAAGACAAGGUCAUACUGAACAAUGUCCAGAAAAUCAUUGAAUUCUUAACAUCUGGAACAGCAUCUUCAACAAAGGGAGUAAAUGUUCCUCAAGUGAUCCAAGAGCUGCUUCCAGUAUUGCCAGGACUCUCUGCAAAAGUGCUUCCUGAUGUGCUUAGUCGGUUAUCUUCCCGAGUACUGGCACGUGUACUGCGAGAUUCAUUGCUGUAA